AAACGCUAAAAACGACAGUUUUUGCCGUGAGAGCGCGAGAGAAACCCGUGGUCAUCUCUCGGUUCUCUAAAAUUCACCACAUUAACCCCAUCGGCCAUCUCCCUCCCCCCCUCCCUCUAUCUCAAGCCAGACAGGAAACUCUCUCUUCAAAAUCUAUGUAACUUCUUCGAUAACAUAAAUCAGAGAUAUAUUCUCUUCCUGGAAGCUUAGUGGAUGCCCAAACUGAACAUUCAACAGUGAGUGGUAGGUUGAGACUGAUUCCUGCUUAACUGAUAUUUAAGUGGGUUCAAGAUGGAGGAUGGCGGGCAACAUCAAAAUGGAAGGUAUAAGAUAGACUAUUACAAGACAGCUCACCCUCACCCUCCGUGGAAUAUGAUGCCUCGAAAUCAAGUGAAGGAGCAAACUAAUGCCUUAGUGAUGAAUAAGAAGAUAAUGACCAUCCUCAUUGAGAGGGAUGAUGCCAUUCGAGAACGCAAUUUGGCAUUUGCUGAAAAGAAGGAAGCCUUGGCUGCACGAGAUGAAGCAAUCCAGCAGCGAGAGAAGGCCCUUGCUGAACGGGAUAAAGCCUUGAUGGAGCGAGACAAUGCUCUAGCAGCGAUUCAAUACCGGGAAAAUGCAAUGAACUAUCCUUUGAGUGGUGGAAGCCAAAGAGGUUCAAAGCGCAUACCCCAUCCAGUUUACCACUCAAGUGACAUGUCCGAAGCUCUUGACUCGGGGGAAAUGCACGUCACCAAUGCCUUGCCUAUAUCAUCUGUUCCUGCUGAAAAUGCGAAGUCACGCCAGACAAAGCGAUCAAAGGAAAAUAAGGCAGUUGGAUUGAAGGCAGCCAAGUCACCAUGGAAGGGGAAUAGAGUGAGCGAGGAUCUGAAUAAGCAAGGUGCUUCUGAUGGGAAGAAAAUUAAGGUUGAGUGGGACAGUCAGGAUGUGGGCUUAAACCUCAUCAAUUUUGAUGAGACCACCAUGACAGCACCCGUUUGUUCAUGCACUGGAGUUCCCAGGCAAUGCUACAAAUGGGGUAGUGGUGGGUGGCAGUCAGCCUGUUGCACAACCACCAUGUCAUCAUAUCCACUACCACAGCUGCCAAAUAAGCGACGUGCCCGAGUUGGUGGCCGGAAGAUGAGCGGUAAUGUCUUCACAAGAUUGCUUAGUCGGCUGGCAGCAGAAGGUCAUGAUCUUUCUAUCCCUCUUGAUCUCAAGGAUUACUGGGCUAGACAUGGAACAAAUCGCUAUAUCACCAUUAAGUAGAUGUUUUUCUUCUGUAGCCCCUAUUUGAUCUUAAAUUUAUCAUGUUCUUCUUUGUACUGCGAACUGCCUUGUAUCAGAACAUGUACCUUUUUUUAUAGAAAGGUUGUUUCCUCUUUUCACACA